AUGAAUGAAAAAAGUAUAUUAAAUAAAUUCUUCAAGAAUAAUCAAUCAAUUUGGCUUAAAAUGAAAUCUCCAUUUGGUGAAGAACAAUAUAUACCACGAAUAAUUGAUAUAACAGCUGGUAAUCUUGAACAAAAUAAAAAUAAAUCGAGACGCAUGAAACGUUGUUUAUCUAUAUUACUUACAUUGUUAACCAUGAUGAUAUUAGCAUUAAGUAUAUUAGCUAUUAUUAUUCCGAUUUUACUUCUUCGCCGAAAAUCAUCUACGCCACCACUAUCACCAAUAAUAGUAGCAAAUUCUUCAAAUAAUAUAACAACAGUUGUAACAACAACAACAACAACAAUAAUUAAUUGUAUUUAUCCAAAUUUAAUUAGUCCACUUGGUACAUGUGUUAAUAUAAUGAUUGAUUCAAAAAAUUGUGGCCAACUAAAUAAUGUAUGUCCUGGGAAUUCGACUUGUUCAGCUGGCAUAUGUAAUAAUGUACCUGGAAUUCAAUUAGAUAAUGCAAAUGCAAUAUUUUCAUCAGCUACAAAUGGUUCAGCCGAUGAUCAAAUGUAUAAAGUUACUUUGCCAUGGAAUAUAACACUUUAUAAUACAACAACAAAUGAAGUUACUGUUACUUCAGAUGGGGUUCUUUGUCUUGGCAAUUGUUCAACAAGUUAUACUGAAAGUCGUUUACCCGCACGUGUUUUUGACAGUGCAACAGCUUUUCCAUUUUGGGAUGAUUUAUAUAUAUAUGCGAAUACAUCUCAAGGAAUUUAUUAUCAAGACGAAGGAGAUAUUCCACAGCGAACAUUAAUAUUUGAAUAUUAUAUGAGUCAUUAUGUUGAAAAAGAUCAAUUUUAUCAUUUUCAAGUGACAUUUUUUGAAAAUUUUCCAGGAGUUGUUCAAUAUAAAUAUUUCGAUGCAACUGAUCAUGGUGAUACAUGUACGAUUGGUGUUCAAGCUUCAAAAACUGGCCCGUUCAUAAUGUAUUCUUAUGAUCAACCGAAUUCUGUACAAACAAAUAUGACAAUUUAUUUUGAUACAAUUCAUGAAUCAUUCAAUGUAUCAAAUAUCAAUUAA